CGUUUUCCCUUUCCGGUCCACAGUGGUAGGAAUCAUCAGGUUAUUCUCACCCCGCCGCGUCACAAGCUCUCACAUCCCCUACCUCUCUCUACCUUUCCUACCUACGCCCUGUGUCAAUCCCUUGCGCGGGCUGCUUUCCCCCAGUUGCCACUAGUCACUUCAUUUCUCCCACAUCAUUCCCAUACUGCCUCCUCCUCCACCUUUCCUUCGUUCUCUCGUCUCCCCACUUAACCACUUACAUCGCUCUACUUUAUUUUAUUCACUUGGUCUAACCUAGUUCCUCUUUCUACAGCCGACGCAGCAGGAGACACUUAUCGCCCUCGUGAGAGGUCCCGUUCCCCCAGACGUGGACGUUCCAGAAGCCCCACUACUCGCCGUUCAUACUCGCCCCGUGAUCGUUCGCGGAGUCGCCAUCGGAGAAGAAGCCGCACCCCUAUGACUGGCCAAGGUGCGCCUGCUGGAGGACAAGGAAUUGGUUACACCGGACCACCUCAUCGAACUUUCGAAGACCGCGCCGCUCAUCGUGAACAAGUCAUGAACAACAUUCGGGAAACGUCGCAGCAGGACCGCCGCGUCUACGUCGGCAAUUUGUCCUACGAUGUCAAAUGGCACCACCUCAAGGAUUUUAUGAGACAGGCUGGAGAGGUGCUCUAUGCCGAUGUGUUGCUGCUUCCUAAUGGAAUGUCGAAGGGAUGCGGAAUUGUGGAAUAUGCGACCAGGGAGCAAGCUCAAAACGCCGUUGCUACCCUGAGCAACCAGAACCUUAUGGGCAGACUUGUCUAUGUUCGCGAGGACCGUGAGGCCGAGCCUCGUUUUGGACCUCCUGGCGGAGGUGCCAACCGCGGUGGUUUUGGUGGCGGCAUGGGCCCCAACGGAUAUGGAGCUGUUCCCGGCCAUGCUGGUCCCGGCGGCUUCGGUGGUGGUCCCAUGGCUGGUGGCGGUGGCCGCCAGAUCUACGUGUCCAACCUGCCGUACAAUGUUGGCUGGCAGGAUCUGAAGGAUCUGUUUAGACAGGCUGCGCGCAAUGGUGGUGUUAUCCGCGCCGACGUUCAUAUCGGACCUGAUGGCCGCCCGAAAGGAUCGGGUAUCGUUGUCUUCGAGACCCCGGAUGAUGCUCGCAACGCCAUCCAGCAGUUCAAUGGUUACGAUUGGCAGGGCCGUAUGCUGGAGGUUCGCGAGGAUCGCUUUGCCGGUGCGAAUAUGGGUCCUGGUGGUUUCGGCGGUCGUGGCGGCUUCGGCGGCGGCCGCGGCGCCUUCGGCGGUUUCGGUCGCGGCGGCUUCGGUGGUGGCCGCGGUGGCUUUGGAGGUGGCUUCGGCGGUCGUGGCGGCUUCGGAGGAGCUCCCGGUGGUCCCCCUAGCUUCGAUGCCAACCAGCCGGCCGCUCAGCCCAACCCGUUCACUGACUUCGCUACUUCUGGUACUGAACGGUCUGAGAUCAUUUACGUCCGGAACCUCCCUUGGUCGACCAGCAAUGAGGAUCUCGUCGAGCUCUUCUCUACUAUUGGUAAGGUAGAGCAGGCUGAGAUUCAGUAUGAGCCCAGCGGUCGCUCCCGCGGCUCUGGCGUCGUUCGCUUCGACAAUGCCGACACCGCCGACACCGCGAUCCAAAAGUUCCAGGGUUACCAGUAUGGUGGACGUCCUCUCGGUCUGAGUUUCGUCAAGUACCUUAACCCUGGUGCUGGCGGCGACAGCAUGGAUACCGACCCCCAUGGUGGCCUGACACAAGAUCAGAUCAUGUAAACUGAUUACCGACCAUCGCGUCAGUCUUACUGGUUGAUGCAACAGAUUUCCUAUGAUAGUUUGGGAUUUUCCAUUUGGAGGUUGUAUUAUAUGACUGGAUUUAAGCCUGUGUUCGAUGUGGCGCUCGGCUCAAUCUUCCCAAUUGCACUACUUAUCUACGGACAGGUGGCUAUGGUCAGGGAUUUGGUGGCCAUGAGCGUUGGCCUGGGAUGGGGCAGUAGUUCGAAUGGCCGCAUGACAAGCAUGUGAAGGAUGGUGUCGGAGGAAGGAGAUUGAGGAAGUUGAAUUUGCGACAUGCUUUACCUUGCCCAGUUUUAGCACAUGGGAGAAGUGAACCCCACUGAAACUUGUUGCUCUUUUUGCGGCUGAAUUUUGGCUCUUCGCCUUUCUUUCAGCAAGUUGUUUACGGUUCGGACCCUCAAAAUGGACAGUUGAUCUUGUUUCACCUACAUCCCCCCACCUUUAGACUGUACUCUUGAAGAGAACCUGCAAUUAUCUCGGUUGACCUUAGGAUUAAGAUCGAACAUUGGAACUGCGACUCUUGGUAGCCUGAAUCAUAGCCAAUCAAGGUGAAG